GGCAUACAGACUGAUGGAUAUACAUAUACGGUAUCCAUAUUGACUGAGCAUUGAAAAUUGAAAUACGGUACAGCUCCUUCCUGUGUGUAGUUAGUGCAUUGCCAACAGUGCACACAUUGGUUCCCUAUGCUUCAAAUUCGAGGGCAAGGCAGCGGGCUGCGGGCGGCUGUGUACCAAGGCAGCGAUUUGCGUAUAACGAGACGGAAAGGUCUGGCUGUGAAGCUUCGGACGGAUCUCCCCAGCAAGUCUGUGUCUCUGUCUAUCUAGCAACUGUGACAAAUACUGAUGGCUGCGCGCCAACUGACCUAGCAUUGGUCUGUGCUGAGUUACUACCCGAUAGAACAGGCUUCUGCGUUGGGUCGUUUGGACGAUCGGCGAAGUUCAUUCUUGUUCAGGGCUUCACCCUGGGGUUUCGACUUUCCUUUCUGGCACGGGCAGCGAACGGCUAGCAAGAAUUUGUCAUAAAAAGAAGUGUGCACAAUCCACCGCAGGCAAUUGAUCAUGCGCCCUGUAGAGGCCUUCCUGGAGGCCUUGGAGAACGACAGGUGGAAUGAAGUCCUGGAUGUUGUCAAUCGACAUCAUCUGCGGAAGGACGACUUGAACAUUGAGGAGUUCCUGCAGACACUCCCAAAGAAAUGCAGGCCCAGAUUGUGCGAUGCUCUAUCCGCCAAGGCAACAAAGCUGAUCGGACAGUUCCUGGAGCUCCUCGAGAAGGGAGAGCAAGAAGAAAGUGCUGAGACGGAGGAAAGGGACGAAAGCGAGAAUGAGAGGCUGUCCCUCUACACUGACCUAAGAGCCCUGGUGCUUCUGAUCCGCGCAUCGCUGGACGAUUGCUUUGAAGGGCCCUCAUCCGGGAAGCUUCUCCCAGCCGUGGAAGCGAUUCAUUCGGUGCUGCUGGGUCUCGAGGAGGAUGCUUCACUCCAGGACUCGGCCGCAAGGCUCUGCGAAGCGUGGUGGGCCCAGAACCUUCCGGGCAGGGAGAAAAUCAUGGCCCAGACGAUCCCGUAUCUUGUUGCCCGGGCCUUGGACAAUGGAAAGACAGCGGACGUUCAUCGUGUAUUUGCCGUUCGGCAGGCAGUGCCCAUGUUCGACUUCGCGGAUGAGAGCAUCGAGUCCCUCAAGAAGCUCCUCCUGCGGGCGACUUUUGCGCCCAUCUUCCUCAAAGCCGCCGAGGGCCGGCGCUUCAUCACGUACCUGUGCGGGCUGAACGUGGGGAUGGUCCGAGAGAUCUUUGCCAUCGUACGGAACCAGAUCCCGUCCGGACGGAAGUCGAUCCUAGAGACGUACGGCGAUAUCCUGUUCAAGGCGUGGAAGGUCGCCUCGGGGCCGUGCCUGUACGAGCUGGAGUACAAUUGUGUGCAGCGUUUGGCAGAGGCGUGUUUGUACGCAUCGACCCCGGGCUUGGCCGCAAACAUCCGGCGCGUGCUGGGGGGCUUUAAUAGUCAGAAGAAGCAGCGGGGCGUCGACGAACUGCUGCUGCGCCUCUACGAGCCGCUCUUGUUUCGGGCCCUGCAGGUGGCCAACGCCUCUGUGCGACACAACGCCCUGCUCCUAUUCGUGGACGUAUUCCCACUCCAGAACCCGGACGCUCCGCACGAUCAAACGGACGCUCUCUUACAGAAGCAAGUCGGUCUGCUGGACAAGCUGCUGUCCGACCCCGCCCCCACCGUCCGAGCGUCCGCAGUUGAGGGCGUGUGCCGCAUCCUCCGGGUCUUCUGGGAGCUCAUUCCCAGCCCGACGACGGCCAAACUGAUAGCGCGCCUGGUAGAGGAACUGUCAUACGACGGCGCAAGCAGUGCAGUCCGUUGUGCGGUUUUGGACGGGGUGACCUACCUGCUCCACAACCCGCUCAGCCACCCCCUCGUUCAGGCUGUGCUGCCCAGGCUGGCCCCGAUGAUCAACGACAGCGUCCCCAAAGUGCGCCUGGCGUCCGUGGACCUGCUGCUGGCCGUCCGCAACAUCAAGGCGCUCGACAAGCUGGACGAGCGCUCGAACCUGGAGGCCCUUCUAAAGAGCCUGGCAAUGGCGGAGGCGCCCAUGGCCAAAAAGCUAACGCGGCUGCUGAUCCGGAGCUACGUGCCUGCGGAUGCCCCAGCUUCUGUCGCCGCCGAAAGGGUCCUCGACCUCGUCAAAGAGAACGCCACCGCGGGAGCCCAGCUGUGCCGACACAUGCAGGAAUCUGGCGUUCCAUCUGACACAGCCCUCCACAUCGGCAGCCACCUGUGCGCCACAGUGACCUUGUCGAGCGUCGCUUCGGGCCCAGUAAACGGAAAGCGCACCAGCAGGAGCCGCGUUUCCAAGCGGAAGGCGGGGACGGACAUCACGAACGGGGCCUCAGCGGAGGCAGAGAGUGCGGUGCUCAGCGUCGAGCAGCAAGAGGGCAUCUUGGAAGCCGUCGUAGCGCUCACAAAGGGCGCUCUUGAACAGAGGAUUGAGAUGGAUCUUCUAGUUGACGCGUUACCCAGCAGCCUCCUCAUCCAGCUGCUCGAUAAGGCGGCCUCGGGGUGUGCAAGAUCCUCGGUGCUGCGCUUGGCGGGCCUCCUCCCACCAUCUGAGACCCCCGCUCUCAUCCAGCACUGCGGAAAACGGCUGGUGUCAUCCGUGACGUCAGAGACGGACCCGGCAGCAUGUGAAGAGAUCCGUGCUAUUCUCUUCUUCAUCGUCUCUUGGGGCGGCCUUCCGGAUCUUUCGGGCGCCAUGUCCGCCGCCAUCGCUGCGGAAAGCUCUAGCCCUCCCUCGCCGACCGAGCCGACUCCACUCAAGGGCAAGAAGCGCGGCCGCAAGAAAGGGGUUACUGCCGCCCAGACCGGAGAUGGAAACUCAUCAGCAGGGGGAGCGACUAUGGCCCCCGGGGCGGCCGCCCGGUACGUGGAGCUUCUGCUGGAAGACGAGGCGACCCGGGCGGUUCUGCUGGACGACCCGGACAGUGUGAACGCGCUCUUCGACGCGCUCCGGGACGCCGUGCAGCUGGCUCUGCAAGGUACCAGCUCUUCCCCGGACCUUCCCGUCACCAUCCGCGCAUACGCCAAGCUCGUCAUUCUCUGGGCCGCCCACUCUCAGACUUACAGCGACUCCUCAGACGGUACCGAUUCUGAAGCCUGGGCAACCGCAGCGAGCGCCUUUCACGAGCUGGUCUCCUGGUCCCAUUCUGCGCUCGCGGCUGUGGGCUCGGAUGUAGAAUCGGUGCCGGUGUCCGGAGAUACCCCCCAGCCGAAGCGGACGCGUUCUAGAACGGAGGAAACGCGCGGAGGGCCGGAAGGCGGCCACGUGGCACUGGACGACGCGCUGCUGACGGUGCUGGCGCUGUGCGGGGACGCCGUGGCGCUCGGGCUGCUGCCGGCGAUCGGAGUCGAUGACGCACCCCUCCCCCUGCACUUCGCCGCCGCCUUCGUGCGCCACGUGUACGGCCGAGCGAGGACGUCCAAGGCCACGGACGGUCCGAAGAGGGCGCAGGCUCCGGACGUUCGCGGACUGCUCAAGAGCGUCCUAUCCCACGCGGCUAAGCUGGCGCACGAGUGGCCGGAGAAUCACAGGGACGAGAAAGCGGACCUCGCCGACGCCAUCCUGACUGUCGCCGCAACCACUUUCAUCGAAUCCUCAGCUGACACGUGUCCCACUCCAGCGAAGACCUUUCCUGGAACCCCGACCAUUCAAGCUGGCAGCGCGUCAGCCGGCAAACGGUCCAGUCCAGUGAUCGCUUUCGGCCACCGGGUGAAUUCCCCGGGCAGUGCCAAGAAAAGCCCAAACGCUGAGAAGGAACAAAUCGGACGGGUUAGCGUAAUCCCGGACGAAACCCUUGCUGACGUGGCGACGGCUGUACUGAAGCCGUGGCUCGGCGAGCUUUUCGUGCUGGCCGUUGAGCACCUCCCAGGUCUGGCGCACAGCGGAGAGACGGCAGAGGAGGGCGGAACGGAAGAAGGAAACGGAACAGCGGAACGGAGCGGAAUGGAAGGACCAGGGGAGUGGUUUGGGCGUCUCAUGGAAGGCUGGGGCCCAGAGCAACGGGGAGGCGAACCGGGGGAACUAGGAGCGGGAGACGACGGGGCCAGGCAUUUGAGGACGAGAGGAAAGGAGAGUGCGGGUCCAACGGAGGGGGCUGAGAGUGCGAGGGAGACGAGCCAGGAUGAACAGCAUGCGUCCUUUGAAGACGACGAAUUUUCAGCCCCUCUUCUGCUCCAGAGUCUCCUCGCGCUUGCCACGAAAAGCGGAGGCCCUGUCAGGUCCUGCCUUGCAGACGCGACAGCUGCGGCGCUGGUAAAAUGCGUGGAAGGAGGUGCGAUCGACAAGGCCCUGCGGGCGGUGCAGGUGCUGACACGGUUAUCUGGAGCGUCGAUCCAGCGAAGCGGGCCGGCAACGCAACCGCUUUCACCGUCCGUUUCCAUGGCCCUCGAACGGCUUCUUAAAAGCCCGCUCUUGGCGACACCAAAUAGCGAAGCGCUCAAGAAAUUGAGCAGUACUCUCCAGGGAAUUGUUAGUAACAGCGCCGCAGGGGAACCCGCCCCUGCAAUGCCCGCUUUUCAGUGGGGCAGCUCCUGGUAGUGACUAUGUCCCUGCAAUCAGCGAAGCUGUGCAUAAACGGCUCCCCUUGUGCUGUUUCAAACUGACAUUGUCAAAAAACGCGUCCCCUCAGAGGAUGCAAUACAAUCUGCAUUGAUGAAAGCUGUAUUUCGGUAGCACGUAGCACCUUUGUCUCAUUUAGGGGUUAAUUUGAUUUCCCAAUAUAAUGCGCAUAUUGGCGCCAUUCUCUUUUCUGCUUCAUUGAUAAGCAUCCACUCUCGCAACUCGAGAAGCAGCCUUUGCAUUUUAGAAGAACCCCGGCUCUAGCAGCUUUCCGCUACUUGAAAGUCGACCACAUACGCCGGUCGCAAAUGAGAUUGGGUGAUUCCACGGUGCCAGAAAUUG